AUGGUUGUGGCGGUGCACGCCUGUAACCCCAGUGACGGGUCGUGGAGACAGGAGGAUGCCCCUGCUCACCGUCCCGCUGGCCCAGACUCGGAGAACCUCAGUGAGGCCUGCUUCAAACAAAGCUUCCCCCAUGAAGAGCUCAGCUUCCCCCAUGAAGAGCCCAGCUUCCCCCAUGAAGAGCUCAGCUUCCCCCAUGAAGAGCUCAGCUUCCCCCAUGAGGAGACCAGCUUCCCCCAUGAGGAGGCCAGCGUCCACCAUGAGGAGACUACUUUCCCCCAUGAGGAGGCCAGCGUUACCCAUGGGGACACCCGCAUCCACCCUGAGGAGACCACCGUCCGCCAUGAGGAGACCACCGUCCGCCAUGAGGAGACCACCGUCCGCCAUGAGGAGACCACCGUCCGCCAUGAGGAGACCACCGUCCGCCAUGAGGAGACCACCGUCCGCCAUGAGGAGACCACCGUCCGCCAUGAGGAGACCACCGUCCGCCAUGAGACCACUGUCCGCCAUGAGGAGACCACUGUCCGCCAUGAGGAGACCAGCGUCCGCCAUGAGGAGACCAGCGUCCGCCAUGAGGAGACCAGCGUCCGCCCUGAGGAGACCACCGUCCGCCCUGAGGAGACCACCGUCCGCCCUGAGGAGACCACCGAGACCACCGUCCGCCAUGAGGAGACCACUGUCUGCCCUGAGGAGACCACCGUCCGCCAUGAGGAUACCACUUUCCCCCAUGAGGAGGCCAGCGUCCACCAUGAGGAGACCACUUUCCCCUAUGAGGAGGCCAGCGUCCACCAUGAGGAGACCAGCUUCCCCCAUGAGGAGACCAGCAUUCCCCAUGAGGAGGCCAGCGUCAACCAUGAGGAGGCCAGAGUCCAUCAUGAAGAGACCAGCGUCCCCCAUGAGGAGACCAGCGUCCACCCUGAGGAGACCACCGUCCGCCCUGAGGAGACCACCGUCCGCCAUGAGGAGACCACCGUCCGCCAUGAGACCACUGUCCGCCCUGAGGAUACCACUGUCCGCCAUGAGGAGACCAGCGUCCCCCAUGAGGAGACCAGCAUCCGCCAUGAGAUCACUGUCCCCCAUGAGGAGACCACUGUCCACCAGGAGGAGACCACCAGCUCUACAGAAGCCACCAUUGCCACCACAGUAGUCACCACUGCCCACAUGGACACGGCUACUGUGUUUUCUGAAGAGACCAGCAUCCAUCAUGAGGAGACCACUACCCCUAAAGAAAUGAUCACUGUCCCUCCUGAGGAGAUCAGCUACCCUCAUGAGACCACUCUCAUCACGGAACCAUCUAGUGCCCUCAUUCAAGAGCCCACCACAGUGACCUGCCCUCCAGACGCCCACUACGAGCCCUGUGCAUGCCCUGCGUCCUGCGAAAGCCCUCGGCCCAGUUGCGAGCCCCCCUGCAGUCCCGGCUGCGUCUGCAACCCUGGAUACCUGUUCAGCAAGGACCAGUGCGUCAACGCGGCUUCCUGCAACUGCCUCUACAACAACAAGUACUAUAACCCCGGGGAAGAAUGGUUCAGCCCCAGUUGCACAGCCCGGUUGCCUGGCAGCCGGCUGGAGUGCCCAAUCUCGCAGUGUGCCACGCACACAGUGUGCCAGCUCAAGAACGGCCAGUAUGAGUGUGAGCCCUACGGUAGUGCCACCUGCCUGGCCUACGGGGAUGUUCACUUUGUCACCUUUGAUGAGAAGCACAUUAGCUUCACGGGGACACGUACCUUGACCCAAACCUGCGACAACUCCACAGACCCGUUCUUUAGGAUAACAGCAAGCAUGCAAGAACGGGGAGUAGAAGGCAUAGCCUGCCUGGACAAAGUCUUCAUCACCGUGCCAGAGACCACCAUCACCAUGAUCAGGGGCAGACACACACUGAUUGGAGAGCAGGAAGUCACCCUCCCAGUGAUACCUACGAACGGCAUCUUCGUGGGUCUGAGUGGUCGCUUUGUGGAGCUGAGGACGACGUUUGGUUUGCACGUGAGAUGGGAUGGCGACCAGCAGCUGUUUGUGAUUGUGUCUAGUGCCUACUCCAGGAAGCUCUGUGGUGUCUGUGGGAAUUAUGAUGGAGACGGCAGCAAUGACUACCUGCAGCCGGACGGGAAGAUGGCGUACGACGAGGAGGACCUGGGCAAGAGCUGGCAGAUGGAAGAGGAGAGCAGGGACUGGGUCUCUUCCAGGUGUCGGAAGAUGAGUCCCCCCUCUUGUGAGCCAGCCUUGGGGAGCACCAUGUCGGGACACAACUUAUGUGGCCAGCUCGUCGACCCAGUAGGACCCUUUGAGUCAUGCCUCCUCCACCUGAAGGCCUCGCCCUUUUUGGAUAACUGCGUUACUGACAUGUGUAGCUUCCAGGGGCUCCAGCAGAAGCUCUGUGCUCAUAUGUCCGCCAUGACGGCCAUCUGCCAGGAUGCCGGCCAUGCCGUGAAGUCCUGGAGGGAACCCGACUUCUGCCCCUUGACCUGCCCUCAGAACAGCAGGUACUCCCUGUGUGCCAAGCCAUGCCCGGAAACCUGCCAUCCUGGAGCUGCUUCCCAGCCCUGCUCAGACGAGUGUGUGGAAGGCUGCGAUUGUGACCCUGGCUUCAUCCUCAGUGGUUUGGAGUGUGUCCCUGAGACCCAGUGUGGGUGCACCAGCCUUGAGGGACACUACUUCAGGGUCCAGGAGCACUGGUUUAACCCGGACUGCAAAGAGAUCUGCACGUGCGAGGGCAACGACAGCUUCCGCUGCCAGCCCUGGAAGUGCAAGGCUCAGGAAGCCUGCGGCUACCGGGACGGCGUCCUAGGCUGCCACGCCCUAGGCACAGCCACCUGUGUAGCCUCGGGCUACCCCCACUACCUGACCUUCGAUGGAGCUUUGCACCAUUUCAUGGGGACCUGCACUUACCUACUGACAGAGCCUUGCUGGUCCAAUUAUCACGAGACUAACUUUGUUGUGAGCGCCACCAACGAGAUCCGUGGCGGCAACCUGGAAGUUUCCUAUGUCAGAGCUGUGCACGUGCAGGUCUUUGAUCUCAAAAUCUCCCUGCUCAAAGGUCGAAAGGUCGUGCUGAACAACCACAGGGUGGCACUCCCUGUGUGGCCUUCAAAGGGACGGGUGACCAUUCGGUUGAGUGGCAUCUUUAUCCUGCUCUACACGAACUUCGGCCUUCAAGUUCGAUAUGAUGGGAACCACCUGGUGGAGGUGACAGUGCCUUCCUCAUAUUCUGGCUUGCUCUGUGGGCUAUGUGGGAACUACAACAACAACAGCUUGGACGACAAUCUCCAGGCAGACAGGAAGCCUGCAGGCACAUCGCUCAUGCUGGGAGCCUCGUGGAAAAUACUCGAGGCCUCGGAGCCUGGCUGCUUCCUGCUCGGGGGCAAGCCCUCCAGCUGCGAAGAGAACAUGGAUGACGCCUGGUCUAGGAACUGCGAUAUCUUAAUGAAUCCUGUUGGGCCUUUCUCCAGAUGCCACGAGGCAGUGGCCCCGCAGGCCAGCUUCUCCAGCUGUGUGUACGGCCAGUGUGAGACCAAGGGGGACAGGCUGGCCCUCUGCCACUCCCUGCAGGCCUAUGCCUCUCUGUGUGCCCUGGCCGGCCACGUGACAGCCUGGCGCAACAGCACCUUCUGCCCUCUCAGGUGCCUACCCGGGAGUAGCUACAGCCCAUGUGCCAACCCCUGCCCAGCCACCUGCCUCACCUUGAGCACUCCAAGGGACUGCCCGACGCUGCCCUGUGUCGAGGGCUGUGAAUGCCAGAGAGGGCACAUCCUGAGUGGGACCACCUGUGUGCCCAUCAGACACUGCGGCUGCAGCUACCCAGAAGGCUUCUAUCACCUGUUGGGGGAGAGCUGGUACACGGAGAAGCCUUGCACCACCGUCUGCACUUGCUCAGCCCCAGGCCAUGUCACCUGCACCGAAGCAGCCUGUGAGGUCAACCACGUGUGCCUGCGCCAGGACGGGCGGCUGCACUGCGCUGCAGAGGUGGGAGAGUGCCACAUGUCAGAAGACUCCCAUAUCGUGAGCUUCGAUGGCUAUGGCCAUCCUAUCCAGGACUUAUGCACCUACAUCUUGGUGAAAGUCUGCCACCCCAACAUGAACCUGCCUUUCUUCACCAUCAGUGCCAAGACUGACAAGGGCAUCGGAAGCAAAAGCGUCAGUGUCUUUCAGCUCUACAUUGACAUCUUCAGCUUCCGUGUCACGCUGCAGAAAGACCAUUCGGUCCUGGUAUUCUGGAUCAAUGACACACUGGUCACCCUUCCUGCCACCACCCAGAUCCCAGGAGUCAGCAUCACGACUGAAGACGCCUAUACCAUUGUCACAAUUAAGGAUGAAGUCCAAGUCAAAUUUGAGAGCAGUAAUUUCUUAGAUAUCAAAAUCCCUGCAUCCUCUCAUGGAAAGUUGUGCGGUGUGUGUGGCAAUUUCAAUGGCGAAGAAGAGGAUGAACUCAUGACACCCAGUGAAGAACUAGCUGAGGACGAGGAGGAGUUCAUGGACAGCUGGAAAGACAGGAACAUCGAUCCACACUGCCACAAAAUCGAAGAGCACAGCAUCCAAGUGGAACAGCAGGAGAUCAUGAACGGAGACUGCAGUCCCGACGCCUUUGAGAGAGCUCAGGCAACCUGCCACACUGCCCUGCAGGACCCUGCCUGGGCCCAGUGUGCCGCCCACGUGCCUCUCAAGCCCUUCCUGGUUGGCUGCAUGAACAGCUUCUGUGAAUUCAGGGAGCUCCUCCACGUGCUCUGCGAGUCUCUGCACUCCCUCCAGAUGGCCUGCGAGGACCAGGGGCUCCGGCCGCCCGUCUGGAGGAACAGCAGCUUCUGCCCCCUGGAUUGCCCACCCCACAGUCACUACACAAACUGCCUUCCAUCCUGCCCGCCCUCCUGCAUGGACCCGGAGAGUCACUGGGAGGGCUCUGGCCACAGGGUCCCCAUCACCUGCAAGGAGGGCUGCAUCUGUCACCCCGGCUUUGUGCUCAAUAACGACAAGUGCGUGCUCAAAGCUCACUGUGGCUGCGAAGACGCCCACGGCAGCUUCGUGCCGGAAGGCAAGAACUGGAUCGCCAGUGGUUGUGCCCAGAGCUGCAUUUGCAUUGGAGGGGUCAUUGAGUGCCAGCAUUUCCAGUGCCCCUCAGGGGCUCAGUGCCAGGACAACGAAGAUGGCAGCAGUGACUGUGUCAAAAUCACUCUGCAGUGCCCGGCCCACAGCUUCUUCAGCAGCUGCCUGCCUCCCUGCCCCCCUUCCUGCUCGGACCCAGAGGGCCUCUGCAAGAGCACAAGCCUUGCCCCUUCCGCUUGCAGAGAAGGCUGCCUGUGUCACCCUGGCUUUGCUCUCCAGGAGGACAAGUGUGUGCCCACAGCUCUCUGUGGCUGCAGAGAUGCCCACGGUGCCUUCAUCCCAGCAGGCAAGACCUGGCUGACCGCAGGCUGCUCCCAGAGCUGCACCUGCCUGACGGGGGCCGUCGAGUGCCAGGACUUCCACUGCCCUUCGGGGACCUUCUGCCAGAACAGCGAGGACGGCAACAGUAACUGUGUCCGAAUCACUCUGCGCUGCCUGGUCCACAGCUACUACACCCGCUGCCUUCCCUCCUGCCUGCCUUCCUGCUCGGACCCGGAUGCCCACUGCCAGGACUCCAGCACCACAGCCCCCUCCGUCUGCAAGGCGGGAUGUGUCUGUGAGCCUGGCUACGUGGUGAACGACCACAAGUGUGUGCUCAAGACUGAAUGUGGCUGCCCAGACAGCCACGAUGGCUUCAUCCUGGAGGGCAAGUCCUGGAUCUCCAGGGGCUGUACCCUGAGCUGCUCCUGCACAGCAGGUGUCGUCCAGUGCCAGGAUUUCCACUGUCCCUUAGAGUCUGACUGCAGAGACACCGAGGAUGGCCACAGUAACUGCUUCAAAAUCACUCUGCAGUGUCCAGACCACAGCCACUACACCCACUGCCUACCUCCUUGCCUGCCUUCCUGCCGGGACCCAGAAGGCCACUGUGAGGGCUUCAGCACCCGCGCCCCCUCCACCUGCAAGGAGGGCUGUGUCUGUGACCCUGGCUCUGUGCUGCGUGAGGACGUGUGUAUCCUCAGAGUCCACUGUGAAUGCAGAGACCCCCAUGGUGCUGUCAUCCCGGCAGGCAAGACCUGGAUCUCCAGAGGCUGCUCCCAGAGCUGCACCUGCGUGGGAGGGGUCAUUCAGUGCCAGGAUUUCCACUGUCCCCACGGGACCUUUUGCCAUGACAGCAGUGAUGGCCACAGUAUAUGCAUCAAACUCACUCUGCAGUGUCCACACCACAGCCACUACACCCACUGCCUACCUCCUUGCCUGCCUUCCUGCCGGGACCCAGAAGGCCACUGUAUAACUGGCAAGCUCGACGAACUUGGUGGCCAUCCUGCCAGGAGUGCUCGUGUUGGUGCUAGUACCGACCUUACUGCUGCGAGUGUAUGUUUACAUGGCGCUGAGAAGGACGGCCAGGAGGUGGAGGUGGAGGAGGAGAGGGGAGAAGCUGUGGAGGUGGAUUGGCCUGAGGCUGGAGCGCACGGGCGCGUGGCUGCUUACCACGGAGUGACGGCGGCGGGUGAGGCUGUGUCUGAGCGUCCUCCGCGCUCCUCAGGGCUGGAGGGACGGGGCGUCCGGUCGGCGUCGGGUCAGCGUCGGGCCGGCUCCAGGGCCGCCCUGCACCGUUUGCUCCCGGGGCCUGAGGGGCCCCGUUAG